AUGAGUGACAUGGAUUGUUCAUCUCCAGAGAUCCCCAGAAGUGACUCGAUACACCACAUGAGCCACUCCCAGAAGCGGCCCGAGCUGCCCCCUCUGCCUGCUUCUGCCAACGAGGAGCCAUCUGAAGUCUAUCAGACUGUCAUGUCGCACAGCACUUACCCCCCCUUGAUGCAGCGCACGUCGUGGACCCUGGCUGUUCCCUUCAAAGAGCAGCUCCACCAUCGUGGACCCAGCGAUUCCAUCGCCAACAACUACUCCUUGGCAGCUCAGGACCUGAAGCUGAAGGACCUGCUGAAGGUCUACCAGCCAGUCACCAUCAAUGUCCCUAGGGAAAGGGUCAUUCCAGAGCUGCCAGGUAUCUCAACAAAAGGCUCAUCAGAGCCCAGGAAGAAGAAAGUGAAGUUCUCCUUCAAAGACAAAGAGGAUCCCUCCAGGACCACCUCGGCCUGCAACACCUUGACCUCCUUACCCGGGAAGAAGGAAGUGGUGACCUCUGUGAGCCACCCAGACAGCAGACCAAUGAGCCCAGAAGAGCAGAUUAACAUGAUGUUACAGAAGGAGAUGGAAAUAGAACUUCAAGAAGCCAAGCCCUCUGAAUCAGACUUGGAGAGAUAUGCUUACUAUUUGACCAACGGAGUCCGAAAAGACAUGAUUGCCCCUGAGGAGGACGAAGUGUUGGCUCGGAUUUCGAGGCUGAUCCCUGACCCACUGCUGACAAGUCCCUUCCUGGAGCCUAUGGUGAACGUCCUCCUGGAGGAGAAGGAAAAUGACUAUUACAAUAGCCUCAUGAAAAGCAUCGUUGAUUACAUCCUCAUGGACCCAGUAGAGAGGAAGAGGCUGUUCAUCGACAGCAUCCCGCGCAUGUUCCCGCAGAGAACCAUCCGUGCCCCUGUGCCCUGGCACUGUGUGUACAGGAACACCAGGAGAUGGAAUGAGGAGCACCUGCACACGGUGAACCCCGUGGUGCUCAGCUUGGAGGAUCUGUGGUUUUCAGAAUUCAGAGACCUCAGGUUUGUGCGAACGGCAGAACUCCUGGCGGGGAAAUUGCCUUUGCAGCCUCACGAAUAUCAGGAUGUGAUCCGGAAACAGUGUAUGGAAGCACGCCAGGUCCUCCUUGACACGUGGAUCCCCACCUGUGCCCAGCUGUUUGUCUCCCAGAGGGAGCACUGGGUCCACUUUGCUCCCAAGAGUGACUACGACUCCUCUCGCAACAUUGAGGAGUAUUUUGCUUCUAUUGCGUCGUUCAUGUCGCUGCAGCUCAGAGAGCUGGUCAUUAAGUCUCUUGAGGAUCUCGUUUCCUUUUUCAUGACACACAAGGAUGGGAAUGACUUUGAAGAGCCCUACCAAGAGAUGAAGUUCUUUAUUCCUCAGCUACUCACGAUCAAACUUGAAGUGGACGAGCCCAUUAUUGUCUUCAGUCCAACUUUUGAUGACUGUUGGAAGUUAAUACAGAGCUCUUUCUUGGAAAUUGUUGAAAACUCUAAGGGGAUCCCCAAGGUGGAAUCUGUCCUGUUCCCAGAGUUAAAAGGAUAUAAUCUGAUUCUUGGAACCGUUAACCCUGAAGAAACACUGGUUUCUGAUCUUGUGAAUAAGACUCUCCAGGUAUUUCAGAAAAACCAAGUUGGCCCCCAAAAAUACUUGAAUGCCUACAAACAGUAUGAUGACUUAUUGGAUAACAGGGCGGAGCAAAACAUCACUGCAUUCCUGAAAGAAACACAUGAAAUCGAGGAUUUUGUGAUGGUGAUCAAUAGUAUAAAAAAACGGAGAAAUGAAAUUGCAUCCAUGCACAUUUCCGUGCCUUUGGCCAUGUUCUGCCUUGACACCAUGACCCUAAAUUAUGAUCUCUGUGAGCGAGCUCAAAAUCUUAAUGACCGUCUGAUUCAAUUCCAAGUGGAUGUAAACCGGGACACCAAUACCAGCAUUUGCAAUCAGUACAGCCACAUCGCAGAUAAAGUCAGUGAGAUUCCUGCCAACACCGAGGAGCUGGUAUUGCUCAUUGAAUUCUUAAAGAAGUCCAGCGAUGUCACCGUGUUCAGGCUCAGGAGGCAGCUGAAAGACGCCAUGGAGCGCCUGGAGUUCCUGAUGGACUACGCAGACCUGCCCCAAGAGGACAUCAAAUUGAACAGCACCCUGUUCCUCUGGCCAGACCAGAUUGAAGACAUCUUUGAAAACAGCCGAAAUCUGCUCUUUAGCAAGAGGGAUCAGGCGGAGAUGGACCUCAUUAAAAGGUGCUCAGAAUUUGAGUCGAAACUUGAGGGCUAUAGCAAGGAACUGGAAGCUUUUAGAAAACGUGAAGUGAUGACUACAGAAGAAAUUAAGAACAACGUUGAAAAGCUGAACGAACUUUCCAAGAACUUAGAGCAAGCACUGGUGGAAUUUGAGUUGCUCAAUAAGGAGGAGGAGCUGUUGCAAAAGGAGAAGAGUACCUUCCCUCUUCUGCAAACCCUGCUGACCAACAAAGUGCCUUAUGAGCAGCUGUGGGUGACGACGCAUGAGUUCAGCAUCAAGUCAGAGGAGUGGAUGAACGGACCCCUCUUUCUACUGAAUGCUGAAGAAAUUGCGGAGGAAAUAGGGAACAUGUGGAGGACAAUGUAUAAGUUAACCAAGACCUUAGCUGAUGUGCCUGCACCCAGGCGCUUGGCAGAGAAUGUGAAAAUCAAGAUUGAUAAACUCAAGCAGUACAUCCCUAUUCUCAACAUUUCCUGCAACCCAGGCAUGAAGGACCGGCACUGGCAACAGAUUAGUGAGAUUGUUGGCUGCAAAAUAAAGCCCACGGAAACAACGUGUCUGGCAAAUAUGCUGGAAUCUGGAUUCAGCAAAUUCAUUGACAAACUGGAGCCCAUCGGAGCAGCCGCCAGUAAGGAAUACUCUCUGGAGAAAAAUUUGGAGAAAAUGAAGUUAGACUGGGUGAACAUGACAUUCAACUUCGCCAAGUACAGAGACACGGACACAAGCAUCUUGUGUGCAGUCGAUGACAUUCAGCUGCUCCUUGAUGAUCAUGUGAUAAAGACCCAGACCAUGUGCGGCUCCCCAUUCAUCAAACCAAUAGAAGCAGAAUGCAGGAAGUGGGAAGAAAAGCUGGUCCGUGUGCAGGACAUUUUGGACACCUGGUUGAAGUGCCAAGCCACCUGGCUGUACCUGGAACCGAUCUUCAGUUCAGAGGACAUCAUAGCCCAGAUGCCAGAAGAGGGCAGGAAAUUUGCCAUCGUAGAUGGUUACUGGAAAUCACUCAUGUCCCAAGCGGUGAAAGAUGCCAGGGCUCUGGUGGCAGCAGAUCAGCCACGCAUGGCUGAGAAACUUCAAGAAGCUAACAGUCUGUUGGAGGACAUCCAGAAGGGGCUAAAUGAUUACUUGGAGAAGAAGAGACUGUUUUUUCCCAGGUUCUUCUUCCUGUCAAACGACGAGCUGCUGGAGAUCUUGUCGGAGACCAAGGACCCCCUCCGAGUGCAGCCGCAUUUAAAGAAGUGCUUUGAAGGAAUUGCCAAGCUGGAGUUUACAGACUGUUUGGAGAUCGUGGGCAUGAUCAGCUCGGAAAAAGAAACCGUUCCAUUCAAACAGAAAAUCUACCCAGCUCACGCCAAAGGCAUGGUGGAAAAGUGGCUCCAGCAGGUGGAGCAGAUGAUGCUGGCCAGCUUGCGGGAAGUCAUCAGACUCGGGAUUGAAGCGUACGUCCAGGUCUCCCGCGAUCGGUGGGUCCUGCAGUGGCCUGGCCAGGUGGUCAUCUGUGUCUCCUCCAUCUUUUGGACCCGGGAAGUGUCUGAAGCCCUGGUUGAAAACACCCUGCAGGACUUUCUGGGAAAGAGCAACGAUCAGAUCGCACAGAUCGUCCAGCUGGUGCGGGGAAAGCUGAGCAGCGGGGCUCGCCUCACCCUCGGGGCCCUCACGGUCAUCGAUGUCCACGCACGGGAUGUGGUGGCCAGGCUCUCCGAGGACAGCGUCUGCGACCUGAACGACUUCCAGUGGGUCUCCCAGCUGCGCUACUACUGGGAGGCGGAGGAUGUGCAGGUGCAGAUGAUCACCACGGAGGCCACGUACGGCUACGAGUACCUGGGGAACUCCCCCCGGCUGGUGAUCACGCCCCUCACCGACCGCUGCUACCGGACACUGAUGGGAGCGUUGAAGUUGAAUCUCGGGGGAGCGCCCGAAGGCCCAGCCGGGACAGGCAAGACAGAAACCACCAAGGAUCUGGCCAAGGCUCUGGCCAAGCAGUGUGUGGUCUUCAACUGUUCGGAUGGUCUGGAUUAUAAAGCCAUGGGGAAGUUCUUCAAAGGGCUGGCCCAGGCUGGAGCAUGGGCCUGCUUUGAUGAGUUCAACAGGAUUGAGGUGGAGGUGCUGUCCGUGGUGGCUCAGCAGAUCCUCAGCAUCCAACAAGCCAUCGCCCGGAAACUGAAGGUGUUCAUCUUUGAAGGCACCGAGCUCUCUCUGAACCCCACCUGCGCUGUCUUCAUCACCAUGAAUCCCGGGUACGCCGGCAGGGCGGAGCUGCCCGACAACCUCAAGGCCUUGUUCCGGACAGUGGCCAUGAUGGUGCCAGACUACGCCCUCAUUGGAGAAAUUUCUCUCUACUCUAUGGGGUUUCUGGACUCCAGAAGUCUGGCCCAGAAGAUCGUGGCGACCUACCGCCUGUGCUCGGAGCAGCUGUCCUCCCAGCACCACUACGACUACGGCAUGCGCGCCGUGAAGUCUGUGCUCACUGCCGCCGGCAACCUCAAGCUCAAGUACCCGGAGGAGAACGAGAGCGUCCUGCUGCUGCGGGCCCUGCUUGACGUCAACCUGGCCAAGUUCCUGGCUCAAGAUGUCCCUCUGUUCCAGGGAAUUAUAUCCGACUUGUUCCCUGGAGUUGUUCUCCCGAAGUCAGACUACGAAGUUUUUGUGGAAGUGCUGAAUAAGAACAUCAGAAAGAUGAAGCUCCAGCCGGUACCUUGGUUUGUCGGGAAGAUUAUCCAGAUCUAUGAGAUGAUGCUGGUGAGACAUGGCUACAUGAUCGUCGGAGACCCCAUGGGUGGCAAGACCUGUGCUUACAGAGUCCUGGCUGCAGCUCUGGGUGACCUGAAGGAAGCCAACCAGAUGGGGGAGUUUGCUGUGGAGUACAAGGUCAUCAACCCCAAGGCCAUCACCAUGGGGCAGCUGUACGGGUGCUUUGACCAAGUUAGCCAUGAGUGGACAGACGGUGUCCUCGCCAACGCCUUCCGGGAGCAGGCGUCUUCGGUCUCGGAGGACCGCAAGUGGAUCAUAUUUGACGGGCCAGUGGAUGCCGUUUGGAUUGAAAACAUGAACACUGUUCUGGAUGACAAUAAAAAGCUGUGUUUAAUGAGCGGGGAGAUCAUCCAGAUGAGCCCCAAGAUGAGCCUGAUCUUCGAGCCGGCCGACCUGGAGCAGGCCUCUCCAGCCACCGUGAGCAGGUGUGGGAUGAUCUACAUGGAGUCCCAUCAGCUCGGCUGGAGGCCCCUGAAGGACUCCUACAUGGACACCCUGCCCUCCAGUCUCACUGCAGAGCACAAGGAGUUGGUCAAUGACAUGUUCGUUUGGCUUGUCCAGCCCUGCCUGGAAUUUAUUCGCCAUCACUGUAAAUUUGUGGUCCAUACAUCUCCCACCCACCUUGCCUUCUCAAUGAUGAGACUGUAUUCGUCUCUGCUUGAUGAAAUCAAGGAAGUAAAAGAAGAUGAAAGUGAUCUGUCUGAAGGUCUGACAAGCCAGCAGAUCUUCCUCUGGCUGCAGGGCCUGCUCCUCUUUGCUGUGGUGUGGACCGUGGCCAGCACCAUCAACACAGACAGCAGAAAGAAAUUUGAUCUGUUUUUCCGCAACCUGAUCAUGGGCAUGGAUGAUCAUAACCCAAGGCCCAAAAGUGUCAAACUCACCAAAAACAACAUCUUUCCAGAUAAAGGAAGCAUCUAUGAAUUUUAUUUCCUCAAGCAAGGUGGUGGACAUUGGUACACAUGGACAGACUACAUCACCAAGGAAGAGGAAACUAUCCCAACCAAUGCAAAGGUCUCAGAACUCAUCAUCCCCACCAUGGAGACAGCCCGGCAGUCCUUCUUCUUGAAAACCUAUCUGGACCAUGAGAUUCCGGUGCUAUUCGUGGGUCCCACAGGCACCGGCAAAUCAGCCAUCACCAAUAACUUCCUCCUCCACCUUCCCAAAAAUGCCUACCUGCCCACCUGCAUCAAUUUUUCUGCCAGGACCUCAGCCAGUCAGACCCAAGAUAUCAUCAUGUCCAAGUUGGAUCGACGGCGGAAGGGCCUCUUUGGGCCUCCCAUAGGGAAGAAGGCGGUGGUGUUUGUGGAUGACCUCAACAUGCCGGCCAAAGAGGCUUAUGGGGCCCAGCCCCCCAUUGAGCUCCUGAGGCAAUGGAUUGACCACGGUUACUGGUUUGACAAGAAAGACACAACCAGGCUGGACAUCGUGGAUGUGCUGCUUGUGACGGCCAUGGGACCCCCCGGGGGAGGAAGGAAUGACAUCACUGGGCGGUUCACCCGCCACCUGAACGUCAUUUCCAUCAACUCCUUUGAGGACGACGUUUUAACCAAGAUUUUUAGUUCAAUUGUUGACUGGCAUUUUGGGAAAGGGUUCGACGUGAUUUUCUUAAGGUAUGGCAAGAUGCUGAUACAGGCCACCAUGACCAUUUACAAAGCUGCAGUGGAGAAUUUCUUGCCAACUCCCUCCAAGUCACAUUAUGUGUUUAACCUGCGGGACUUCUCACGGGUGAUCCAAGGGGUGCUGCUCUGUCCUCACACCCACCUGCAGGACAUAGAGAAACUUAUCCGGCUUUGGAUCCAUGAGAUUUAUCGGGUCUUCUAUGACCGUCUGAUUGAUGAUGAUGACAGACAGGUCUUCUUCAACAUGGUGAAGGAAACCACCUCUAACUGCUUCAAGAACACCAUGGAGAAGGUCCUCAUCCAUCUAUCACCCACUGGAAAGAUCACCGAUGAUAAUAUCCAUAGCCUCUUUUUUGGAGAUUACUUCAAACCAGAAAGUUACCCAAAAAUUUAUGAUGAGAUCACUGACCUGAAACAGCUCACCGUGGUCAUGGAGUACUACCUGGAAGAGUUCAACAACAUCAGCAAGGCCCCCAUGUCCUUGGUCAUGUUCAGGUUCGCCAUUGAGCACAUCUCCAGGAUCUGCAGGGUCCUGAAGCAGGACAAAGGCCACCUGCUCCUGGUGGGCAUUGGGGGCAGUGGGCGGCAGAGUGCCAGCAAACUGUCCACGUUCAUGAACUCCUGUGAGCUGUACCAGAUCGAGAUCACUAAGAACUACUCCAACAGUGACUGGCGGGAGGAUCUGAAGAAGAUCAUGCUGCAGGUCGGUGUGGCCACCAAGAGCACGGUGUUCCUCUUUGCUGAUAACCAGAUCAAGGAUGAGUCAUUCAUUGAGGACAUCAACAUGCUGCUGAACACAGGAGACGUGCCCAGCAUCUUCCCUGCGGACGAGAAGGCUGACAUCGUGGAGAAGAUGCAGGCAGCAGCCAGGGCAGCGGGCGAGAAGGUUGAAGUCACUCCUCUCUCUAUGUACAACUUCUUCAUUGAGAGGGUGAAAAAGAACCUGCACAUUGUGCUUGCCAUGAGCCCCAUUGGGGAUGCCUUUCGGAACCGCCUAAGGAUGUUCCCCUCACUCAUCAAUUGCUGUACGAUUGAUUGGUUCCAGUCCUGGCCCACAGAUGCCCUGGAGUUGGUGGCUAACAAAUUUCUCGAAGAUGUGGAACUUGAUGACAAUAUUCGGACAGAGGUCAUCUCCAUGUGCAAAUAUUUCCAGGAGAGCGUGAAGGAGCUGUCGCUCGAUUACUACAGCACACUUCGCAGACACAACUACGUCACCCCCACCUCCUACCUCGAACUGAUCCUGACCUUCAAGACACUCUUGAACAGCAAGAGGCAAGAGGUUGACAUGAUGAGGAACCGCUACCUGACCGGCCUGCAGAAACUCAACUUUGCAGCAUCCCAGGUGGCGGUCAUGCAAAUCAAACUGACCGCCCUCCAACCCCAGCUCAUCCAGACGUCCGAGGAGACGGCCAAGAUGAUGGUGAAGAUCGAAAAGGAGACGAUAGAAGCCGAUGCCAAGAAACUUCUGGUGCAGGCGGAUGAAAAAGAGGCCAACGCUUCCGCUGCUGUGGCUCAGGGCAUCAAGGAUGAAUGCGAGGGGGACCUGGCAGAGGCCAUGCCAGCACUGGAGGCUGCGCUGUCUGCACUGGACACCCUGAACCCCACGGACAUCUCACUGGUGAAGUCAAUGCAGAACCCCCCAGGCCCCGUCAAGCUCGUUAUGGAGAGCAUCUGUGUCAUGAAAGGGCUGAGACCAGAGAGGAAGCCAGACCCCAGCGGCUCCGGUAAAAUGAUAGAAGAUUACUGGGGGGUAUCAAGGAAGAUUCUUGGAGAUCUGAAAUUCCUGGAGAGCCUUAAGGCAUAUGACAAAGACAACAUCCCCCCAGUGAUUAUGAAACGAAUCCGAGAAAGGUUUAUCGACCACCCAGAUUUCCAACCGUCCAUCAUUAAAAAUGUGUCAUCUGCCUGCGAAGGUCUGUGCAAGUGGGUGAGGGCCAUGGAGGUGUAUGACCGCGUGGCUAAGGUGGUUGCUCCCAAGCGAGAGCGGCUGAAGGAGGCCGAGGCGAAGCUGGACACACAGAUGCAGAAGCUGAACCAGAAGCGAGCAGAGCUGAAGCUGGUGGAAGACCACCUCCAGGACCUGAAUGAUGACUUUGAAAAGAUGAACACCAAGAAAAUAACUUUGGAAGAAAAUAUCGAAAUCUGUUCCCAAAAGCUGGUCAGGGCAGAAAAGCUGAUCAGCGGUCUUGGGGGAGAGAAGGACCGAUGGACAGAAGCUGCCCGGCAGCUGGGUAUCCGCUAUAUUAAUCUGACAGGGGAUGUAUUGGUGUCCUCGGGGACUGUGGCUUACCUGGGGGCCUUUACCGUGGAUUAUCGGGCCAAGUGCCAAAAGCAGUGGUUGGCCCAAUGUAAAAACAAGGUCAUCCCUGGCUCCAAUGACUUCAGUCUCAGCAACACAUUAGGAGAUCCCAUAAAAAUUCGUGCCUGGCAGAUCGCUGGGCUGCCAGUUGAUUCCUUCUCCAUUGACAAUGGCAUUAUUGUGUCCAAUUCCAGACGCUGGGCCUUGAUGAUUGACCCUCAGGGGCAGGCCAAUAAGUGGGUCAAGAACAUGGAGAAAGUGAAUAAGCUGUCUGUCACCAAGUUCUCGGAUGCUGGCUAUGUGAGGACGCUGGAAAACGCUCUGCAGUUUGGCACCCCUGUCUUACUGGAAAAUGUCGGAGAAGAGCUGGAUGCCUUCAUUGAACCCAUCUUGCUUAAGUCCACAUUCAAGCAGCAAGGGGUUGAGUACAUGAGGCUGGGUGAAAAUAUCAUCGAAUACUCCAAGGAUUUUAAGUUAUAUAUCACAACCCGUUUGAGGAACCCACAUUACCUCCCUGAGGUUGCCGUGAAAGUCUGUCUCCUCAACUUCAUGAUCACACCCUUGGGUCUCCAAGAUCAGCUCCUUGGCAUCAUGGCUGCCAAGGAGAAGCCAGAACUGGAGGACAAAAAGAACCAGUUGAUUGUGGAAAGUGCCAAGAACAAGAAGCAGCUAAAAGAAAUUGAGGAUAAGAUCUUAGAGGUCCUCUCCUUGUCGGAGGGCAACAUCCUUGAAGAUGAGACUGCCAUCAAAAUUUUGUCCUCCUCCAAAGAGCUGUCUGAAGAAAUCUCCGAGAAACAGAAAAUUGCUUCGAUGACGGAAACUCAGAUUGAUGAGACUCGGAUGGGCUACAAGCCAGUGGCUGUCCACUCUGCCACCAUCUUCUUUUGCAUCUCGGACCUGGCCAACAUCGAGCCGAUGUACCAGUACUCCCUGUCGUGGUUCAUCAGCCUCUACGUGCACUCCCUGGCCCACAGCCGGAAGAGCGAAGAGCUGGAGCAGCGCAUUGAGUACAUCAUCGAGUAUUUCACCCUCAGCAUCUACAACAACGUCUGCCGCUCUCUGUUUGAGAAGGAUAAGCUGCUUUUCUCCCUCCUCUUGACCAUUGGCAUCUUGAAAGAGAAAAAGCAAAUUAACGAGGAAGUGUGGUACUUUCUUCUAACUGGAGGCAUUGCCCUGGACAACCCCUUCCCCAACCCAGUGUCCGAAUGGCUGUCUGAGAAGGCGUGGGCAGAAGUGGUUCGUGCAUCUUCGUUGCCCAAACUGAAAGGCCUGAUGGAACAUCUACAACACAAUGCUAAUGAAUGGAAGUUCAUCUAUGACUCAGCCUGGCCCCAUGAAGAGAAGCUCCCUGGGACUUGGAGGUUCCUUCAAGGGUUGGAGAGGAUGGUGAUCCUCCGAUGCCUGCGGCCCGACAAGAUCAUUCCAGCCGUUCGGGAGUUCAUUGCUGAGCACAUGGGCAACAUAUACACCGAAGCCCCUACAUUUGACCUCCAGGGGUCCUACAAUGACUCCAACUGCUGUACACCGCUGAUUUUUGUGCUGUCUCCUGGCGCAGACCCAAUGGCAGGCCUGCUGAAGUUUGCUGAAGAUCUUAACAUGGGAGGUACCAAGACACAGAUCAUAUCCCUGGGCCAAGGCCAAGGCCCUAUCGCGGCCAAAAUGAUCCACACUGCCAUCAGAGACGGCACCUGGGUGGUCUUACAGAACUGCCAUCUGGCCACGAGCUGGAUGCCUGCUCUGGAGAAGAUCUGCGAAGAGGUGAUUGUUCCUGAGAACACCCAUGGCAGAUUCAGGCUCUGGCUGACCAGCUACCCCUCAGAGAAGUUUCCAGUCAGCAUCCUCCAGAAUGGGAUCAAAAUGACCAACGAGCCUCCAAAAGGGUUGCGGGCCAACCUGCUGCGCUCCUACCUCAAUGACCCCAUCUCGGACCCCGUGUUCUUCCAAAGCUGCACAAAGGCAGAGAUAUGGCAAAAGCUGCUGUUUGGCCUGUGCUUCUUCCAUGCCGUGGUCCAAGAGAGGCGGAACUUUGGACCCCUAGGUUGGAACAUCCCCUACGAGUUCAACGAGUCGGACCUGCGGAUCAGCGUGCGGCAGAUCCAGAUGUUUCUGAACGACUACAAGGAGGUGCCUUUCGACGCCCUGACCUACCUGACAGGGGAGUGUAAUUAUGGAGGCAGAGUGACUGAUGACAAGGACAGGCGUCUCCUGCUGUCCCUUCUGUCCACCUUCUACUCCAAGGAUAUCGAGCAGGACCACUACCAUGUUGCCCCUGGAGACACCUACUACAUCCCUCCUCAUGGCUCCUACCAGUCCUAUAUUGAAUAUAUCAGGAACCUCCCCAUCACAGCCCACCCCGAAGUGUUUGGCCUCCAUGAGAACGCCGACAUCACCAAGGACAACCAAGAAACCAACCAGCUGUUCCAGGGGGUGCUGCUGACUCUCCCCAGACAGUCGGGAGGGAGCGGCAAGUCCCCUCAGGACGUGAUUAAGGAACUGACCCAGGACAUACUCUCCAAGCUUCCCAGUGACUUUGACAUGGAAGUGGUUAUGAACUUGUACCCUGUGGUCUACGAGGAAUCCAUGAACACCGUCCUGAGGCAGGAGCUCAUCAGAUUCAACAGGUUGACCAGAGUAGUUCGUACCAGCCUCAUCAAUCUUGGCCAGGCCAUCAAAGGGCAGGUCCUGAUGUCCUCGGAGCUGGAGGAUGUCUUCAACAGCAUGCUUGUGGGCAAAGUGCCGGCCAUGUGGAUGGCCAAGUCCUACCCCUCGCUGAAGCCGCUGGGGGGCUAUGUGGCUGACAUGCUGGCCCGCCUGGCCUUCUUCCAGGACUGGAUCGACAGCGGGCCCCCGGUGGUCUUCUGGAUCUCCGGGUUCUACUUCACACAGUCGUUUCUGACGGGCGUCUCGCAGAAUUACGCCCGGAAGUACACCAUCCCCAUCGACCACAUUGGAUUCAAGUUUGAGGUAACCACACAAGAAACCGUCAUGGAGCGUAACCCAGAAGAUGGGGCCUACAUAAAAGGACUCUUCUUGGAAGGCGCUCGUUGGGACAGGAAAAUGAUGCAGAUUGAGGAGUCGUUCCCUAAAAUCCUCUAUGACCCGGUGCCCAUCAUCUGGCUGAAACCUGGGGAAAGUGCAGCAUUUCUGCAUCAGAACAUUUACGUGUGUCCAGUCUAUAAAACAAGCGCCCGGAGAGGCAUCCUGUCCACCACAGGCCACUCCACCAACUACGUCCUCUCCAUCGAACUUCCAACAGACAGGCCCCAGAAGCACUGGAUAAACCGAGGGGUAGCCUGCCUGUGCCAGCUGGAUAACUGAUGGCAUCUGUCCCCACAGAAAAUAAAAGGCAUUUCAUUCUU